AUCCAUGACAAACUAACCUCUAGCAUAGAGGGAAAAUAUCACAUUAACCAAAAAGAAAACUAUAUAGAAAGUGAAUCCUUUGUUCUGUUUCUUCAACCACCUAUCACGACUUGCAGUACGUCAAAUCGAUGCUUCCAAUGCUCUGCUCUCUGAAUUAAAAUAUCAGCCCGAGUUUGCACUGAUUACUUUGCCGAGGCUCUUUCCUUUCUAGGAAUUCAUCGAGCAAGUACAGGAAGAAAAUAAAGCAAAUGCUCGACUCCCGAAGGUCCAAGGUCGGCGGCGUCGUUUCUGACGUCAAUCAUGGAGUAGGCGGCGAUGGCAUCCCAAUAGCAGUCGCACCUAAAGGAGAGGAGUCUAGUUACGUGUUGCCCUGGCGUGUCUUUAUAAAUCACAUCGACAGCUAUCACGCUGGCAAACUGAUGGAUCUCUUAUUGGAACGAUCAUACGUUCCCGCGGAAAUCGAGAACGAGCCUCGCCCCUCCGUCGAUUAUUCACCAGAGCAACUAGAGGACGGAGAUGCCGAUGAGAUCGAUGAAGAGAACGACGUAACGGAUGCGACGGAGUAUCCAGGUGUCGGCAAAGACUCAAAGACACGACUCCGGGUCGAGUCGCUGCAAGGGAAAGCUCCUAGGAAAUUCGAGCUGAUUGCCACAGCAUUGGCCGGCAACGAGUUUCAGCAUUACUCAAAAGAAGAUGUUAAGAUAAUUCCAGGCCCUGAAGUGAACCGAGAAAAGUUUUUGUCAGAAAUAAUGGAAUGCGGAUUCGUUAUUUAUGACAUCACUCAAGAUAAAUCACAAAUUGCAGAGGCAAUAUGGGUCUUCAACGAGCUCGCGCAAAUUCAAGAGCUACAGGAGAGCUCCAGAACGAAGCCGGGCGUGCGUCACUUCAUCUUGAUUUCGAGUAUAAUGACAUGGGCAACAACGAAGCCCCGCACAUCCAAGCCGUUCACCGAAGCGGACUUCAGAAAACGCAAAGCCCCGACGAACUUCAAAGAGCAUAUCGAGUGCGAGCGCAAUGUCGCGCAGAGGCGUUCUAAUCUACUGCGAGGCUUAGUGUUGUCCGUCGGCGUGACGUACGGCGAGGAGGAGGCCGACCUGCACUACGCAUUCAAGCUCGCCUGGUCCAACGAGCAGAGUCUGCCGCUCGUGGGUGACGGCGAGAAUCUGGUUCCACUGUUGCACGUGCGCGACUUGGCCUCAGCAGUUUAUGCAAUUAUAAGAAAGUGGCCAAAGUUGCGUUACAUUGUUGCCGUCGACAAAGAGCCAACCACUCAAAAAAAUUUGAUUACGGCCAUCAGUAAGAGCCUCUCUACGGGUAAGGUGAAAUCGAUACCGGCAAAGGAGGCUGCACUUUCGUAUUCCGACUUGACACCGCGCGUCUUGGACGCAAUUACCGUUGAUCUUGACGUCCGACCAGCUUACCUUCUUAAAAGCUCCAGCCACAUGGAAUGGCUGGAACCGGACUCGGGCUUCUCCGCGAGAAUCGAACAUGUCGUCGAGGAGUACCGGGCCGCGCGGAAUCUGCGCCCUCUGCGACUGAUUGUCCUUGGGCCGCCAGCCUCCGGCAAAACAAUGAUAGCGCGCGCACUCGCCCGGCAUUAUCGACUUCAUUAUAUAUUACUCAAGAGGCUCAUCGCCGACACGAUUCAGCAAUUAGACGAUCAAAUCAGGGAUUUGAACAAGAUGAAAGAAGAAAUUACGGAGGAAAAUGAGGAUUCCGAUGUAGACGACGUGGCAGAAGAAGAUAACGUCGCAGGUGCCGUGGAAAAAAUUCAGAAGUUCCUAGAUGAAAUCCGCAGUGGACUUAGUGAGAAUAACGGCAGGCUCGACGACGACGUACUGACAAAGAUUUUCAGAGUGAAGCUUUGGUCUAAAGAGUGUCAGAAUCAGGGCUACGUCAUCGAUGGCUAUCCGAAAACACUGGAGCAGGCGAAGCUCUUAUUUGGCAAAGCUGACGACCUCGACGCGGAUUUUGAGAAUUACGAGGAAGAAGAUAUCGUCUCUGCCUCGAGUUCAGGGGUGUUACAAGAGAACGCGGAAGAAGGAAGCACAGUCAUGCCGGAUCUCGUCAUCGUACUAGAUGCGAGCGACGAUUUCCUCAUGGAGCGAGUGAUUAAUUUGCCCGAAAGGGACUUAUUAAAUACUCACUAUACCGAGGAGCACAUGUUACGCCGAUUGCAGCUCUAUAGAGAAAAAAACGACGACGAGAAUACACCGCUGCAGUUGUUUGACGAGCUCGAGAUUCACCCCGUCGUCUUGGAUAUUGAGAAGGAUGAGAGUCCACAGAUGCUGUCGACCUUUCGAUAUUGUCUGAGCGUGAUCGGACCGACGCGCAACUACGGGGCAAGCCAGGAGGAAAUCGAGGAGGAAAGAAGGCGAGCGGAAGCAGACGCAGCCCUGGCAGCAGCUGAACGCGAAAGAAAUAUUACCGAGCGUCAUUGCGAACGCGAGAGACGAGCCUUCCAGUGGACGACGUUACUGGAAAAAUUAAAACAGGAAGAGGAGGAGCGUCUAUGUAUUCUGGCUGAACCUUUACGUGAUUAUCUUGCUAAAUAUGUAUUCCCGACUUUAACUGAAGGUCUCAUCGAAGUUGCUAAAUUAAGACCAGACGAACCUAUCGAUUAUCUCGCUGAAUAUCUGUUCAAGAGGAAUCCCGAAGGCAGACCAGGUGAGCCGGAUUACAGCGAGGAGAUGAGCACAACACUUGGCUUUAUUCAGCAGCUACAAACCGACAACGUCCUAGACAGUUCAGCCAGUAGCUUUGAAGCCGCUGCCUACGAGCACUCGAAAACUGCCGACGAAUUUAGCCGGGACUGUUGCCGCUUCUCUGAGGAUGAUCGAUCGAUUGUUCGAGUCCCGGGAGAAGUUGCCUGCUCUCAUAAUGGAGAAGACGAGGAGGAGAAAGAAGCCAGUUGCGGUUCUGCUGCUUAUGAGCGAUUCGUCGAGUGCGUAUAAGCGAGAGUGCCUCUCCUCAGGAUCUUAUGAAUUUCAUCAAGAUUAUGAAGGCGAUUGGCUUGCGCGCGCUUAAUAAUCAAGAUCUGCGUACUCUGCUCUUUCUCGACUAUUGCGAAUUGGCAUUGGAAUUAUACUUUUGGAUUGAGGCGCUUAAUAAAUUUCAGUAUUGUUGAGUUUAUGUAA